AUGCCUCCCACCAACUCCAAUUUCACAUCUCCUUCUGGAGACGUUAAUUCAACACUGUCCAAUAUCACAAUGGGUGUUCUCUCUGACCUGAUGGCCUCCACCACUACUAUUGAUCCUUCACAAUUCAUCCAGGAGACUAAUUUCUGCGAGGGACUCAAUGUAUCAUGUGCAUGUCAUACCGAAUAUUCAAGUUAUGAGCCGUUAGAGAGAAUAAUACUCGGCCUGGUCGCCGUGCCAGUCAUCAUGUUCGGAAUCCUUGCAAACGUCACAUCAAUGCGCAUCUUCACACAUCGAAUCAUGUCGAGCUCAUCGAUCAACUGGUACUUGGCAGUGCUCUCCGCUUCUGACACUCUCAUUCUGGUCUCCGCGUUCUUCGUUCUCUCGUUACCACGUUUCGGCGAGUAUUUGACAUGGUGGAGAGCGAAUUAUAUCAGCUACUCAGUCACCCCGUAUAUGUACGGUCUUAUGAUGACAGCACAAACAUGCAGUGUCUUCAUGACAGUCGGCGUCUCAGUCCAUCGUUACAUCGGUGUCUGCCAUCCGUACAAAUCGGUGGAGUGGCUCCCCAAAAAACGGGUGACCACUUUUAUCAUUGGUCUACUCACGUUUUCGGUCAUUUUCAAUACGACCCGGUUUUUUGAGGUCCACAUCUCAAAUGUGUGCUACCGUGCAAAUAUCGACUACUACAUGCCGUCUCUUCAACCAACAGCUCUCCGUAAUAGUCAUUUGUACAAACAAUUAUUUUUUGGAUGGGUUUAUACGGUUGUGAUGUACGUUGUUCCGUUCACCCUGUUGAUCGCCCUCAACUCGAUGGUGUUGUCAGCGGUGAGACGUUCGAGACGAAUGCAUAUGGUGUCACAGUGUGGUGCUGAAAGUGAGGAAUUCUCGAAGAAAGCCGAACGAAAGGAGCGUCAAACUUCCAUCAUGCUCGUCGCAAUUGUACUCCUAUUCAUCUCCUGUAACACACUCGCCUUCGUUUGUAAUGUAGUGGAGAACAUGGAAUUGUAUGGACAACUUUAUGAAACUCUUGUCACGCUGAAUAAUUUACUGGUAAUAAUCAAUGCAUCAUGCAAUAUCUGUGUCUACAUGCUAUUCUCUGACAAGUAUCGAAUGCUUCUCCGAUAUUAUCUAUUCUGUGAUUGGAGUCGUCAAGGCGAACUUCUCGUUAGUUCUGUCCUCAAUUGA